UUUGUUUUUCUACAAAAAAGAAGGCCGAGAGAGACAGAUAUGUCUUCUAAAAGGCUACGAAGAGUGGGUCUUGGCAAAGGAGUUUUGGAUUGUUUGUCAAAAAACAAUAUCUACACCUGCAAGGAUCUACUGUCAAAAACAAAGUUGGAACUUCUGAAAUUCCUUGGCCUCAGUAUCUACAAAGUGGAUGAAGUGGUGGAGCUGUGCAGUAAAGCCUGUGCUCCUAAACCUAGGACAAGUUUGGAGUUAUGGAACAAGAGAAAGCAGGGUUGUCACUUUUUCCAGACCUCCCUCCCUGAUCUGGACAAGGUUCUGCAUGGAGGAAUACCAAUGGGCACCAUCACAGAAAUUUCUGGUCCAGCUGGCUGUGGUAAGACUCAGUUCUGUCUGAUGUUGAGUGUACAGUGUACACUCCCUCUGGAGCUAGGGGGAUUGGCUGGCAACGUCUUGUACAUCGACACAGAAUCAGCAUUCAGUGCAGAAAGGCUCGUGGAGAUUGCCCAGGCCAAACAUCGUGAUCUGUUUGUGGAAGACAAGCUGGUAGAACUGACCAGUCAGGUGUAUGUAGACACACAGCAGACCUGUGCCAGCCUCAUGGACAGGCUGGAGACCAUUGAGGAGGAUAUUAAGAAGAAGGUAAAGCUUAUCAUUGUGGACUCCAUAGCUUCUCUGGUGAGGAAGGAAUACAGUACGUCUCUCGGGCGUAACCUCACUGAUCGCACCAACUUCCUGUCCAAACAAGCUGCACUGCUCAAGUACAUCGCUGAGACCUUUUCCAUACCGGUGGUUGUCACCAAUCAGAUCACCACCAGGUACGACAGAAACCCAGGACAGACUUCAGGUAAGGUGUCCAACCCAGGACAGACUUCAGGUAAGGUGUCCAACCCAGGACAGACUUCAGGUAAAGUGUCCAACCAAGGACAGACUUCAGGUAAGGUGUCCAACCCAGGACAGACUUCAGGUAAUGUGUCUAACCCAGGACAGACUUCAGCCAUUCAACUGGAUGGUGACGGUGGGUAUGUGACCGCAGCCCUGGGAAACACCUGGAGUCACAGUGUGAACACCAGACUAAUUCUCCAAUACCUCACAGACCUGGAAAGACAGGUGAUGGUUGCCAAGUCGCCAAUCGCCCCAUUUACAGUAUUUACGUACACAAUACAGCAAUCUGGUCUUGUCCAGAAGGAGGGUGGUGCUGGUCACUAUGCAGGAACAGAUCCAGGGAAACAGAAGAUCAAGGUGAAGUCUGCACUAGGGAUGGAUGCAUUGACAAGAAGUACAGGACCAGACCAGGGAUGAUGACAACAGGAAGUGUUGAAGUGAAGACUUGUUGAAAGGAUGAACCACCCAGUUGAGUUCAGUUGGUGCUGACCUUGACAAGUUGACCUUCACCUUUUGACCUUGGUGGUUGUUAUCAGAUCCUCAUAGCGUAUCUAUCAUGCACUGAGGCACACUAGUGAAACACAUACCAACACACUGGAUGUUCAUAGUCCAAGCGUCCACACAAAGGCCAACCGAGGAACAGACAGUUCCGAGUUCUUACGGAUCAGUAGCCUUGUAUUGGCUCCUCUGUUCAAACCCAGUGAACAUGAAAAAAAAAUCAACAAAGAAGAAAAGGGAUAAACGGUAGAUAACCAGUGUGUAAAUCAAUGCAUGUAUGUCAAACAAAAGUCGGAGAAGCCAUUAAUAGCCUUUGUCAAUUCUAAAUCUCGUCAUUUUGAUUAAAGUGAUAAGUAAGAAUUAGCUGUUGCUUUUAUAGGUGCAGGAUGAGACAAUACCGACUGGCACUUAAUGUUUUGUUCCUUUAAAGCUUUAAUUUUAUGAUAACAAAAUCCUGAAUCAUUAGACGGCCACCCUAGCAUGAGAAAGAUCAGACCACACCGCGCUGUUUUAUUGUGUAUCUCGGUCUUGGUAGACCUUCUUUGUAUUUGAUUCAGACUUUCAGGAUUGUUUCUCUUUUGUUUUUUGCUGUUAUCAGGCAAAGAGAAAUUUAAAGUGUAACUGGUUUCACACACGACUUGUCAAAUACCGUGUUGAAAAUCUAGAUAAUGUUAAGUAUGUCCAACCUUUUUUUGUACUUUUUUAUCAGAUGGUUCUGAUUUUGAAGAAAGCGUGUCAUGUGGUGUUUUUACCACUUUUAUUGAGAUAGAAAAAGACCAUUUGUUUCACACCCAACCAUAACGUUCUGUUAGGUAACACGGGGAUUUCUUUAGCUGUCAAAGAUAAACGAUGACUAUUUUGUAGUGUUUCUACAGAAAGCUUAAUAAUUAAAGACCUUUCUGUGAAAAGUGUUUUAUCUGUUUAUGAGUUUCUGAAUUCAAUGCAGAGUGGUAAAAAGUUAAUGUAAGUUUACCUGUAAGCUUGUUGGAAUACAAUCUUUUUAAAAUGUUACUUUUGUGUUUUUAAGUUGUAUUUUUUAUGAGUUGUCAAUAAAAAUCUAGGUUCUUCUUUUUCCACUUUAAAACUUAUCGUAAUUAGAUAAUCAAACUCUAGAUAGUAUCAUACCAGAAAUAGUAGGAAUUGAUAUAUCGAGAUGUGUAUAUUUUUAUUUUCACACCUGAACCAAGUUAAGAUCUUGUUUUGUAUAAUCUCAGUCCUUGUUUGAAACGUUUCACUGUUUAUCUGUUUGUCUAUAUGAUAUUACAUGUAACAUAAUUUACCACAAGGAGAUACAUAUUUAUCUGAUGUAUUCAGAUUAAACAAGAGAAAAGACUAUAUGUCAGGGAAGAGCUGAACUUGAAAAUCAAAAUGUCAGAUGAUAUUAUAAAUGAAGGCUUGAAUUCCAGAAAUUAUUUAGUCAUCUGGAAAUCUCCGCUUCCUGAGCUGGACACAGAACGUUCCGUGAUUCAUGUUUAAUCAGUGCACAGGAGGUAUCCUUGAUAUUGGGCCAUUAGUUUUAUUACUGAAAAUAAUCUGCUUCAUCGUCGCAUAAAUUGUCAAUACAUGGAGGCUCUGACCAUUGUACGGCGUGUUGGCACGAUACCUUUUACGGUCGUGUCAUCUGACCGCGAUAGGCUGUUUAUUUAUCCGUCCCAAAUGUUACCGUAAUGGGUAAUGUGAUGUGCAUGAGGAUUUGCAUGUGUUACAGGCUAUCAGAAGUAUUAAGUAAACACAAAUGUGCCAUGCCAUUCACCUGGAGAAGGCGAUGAAUUGUCAUUCUCUGCCCCCUGUCAUUGCAAAAUAAAGACACGGACAAGCGCCACUGUGCGGUCAUUGUGCCGCUUUGCAUUCAGACAUUGGCGUGGGGUAUUAUGGCCACAGUUCAAGGCAAGGGCAAUCACAGGAGGAUGAAUCUCAAAUCAAUUCCCAUAUUUAAAGCUUCUAUAUGGAGGUAGAUUUUCUUUCUUGUUUGAAGGACGCUAUCCAUUGUGCACUGUCGCUGUAGGAAUCGAUGGUCGUGUUAGCUUGACCAAGUAAAUCAAUGGGCGCGACCAAGGACGAUAGCUAAAAUAGAUACUAAACAAUAUCAACUUGUUAUUGUCCAUUCCAUAUCACUGAUACUCGACAAUGGAGAACCGAACCACAUGGGAGAUUGACAUUUCUCCAAAUCACCAGGCAAAACUCCCAAUCUCAUUAUUAGAGAAUAUUUCAUUGGAUUUGUUGUUGAUUGAUAUUCUGCCUUGAUAAGUGUCUUGGUGUCUUAUUCAGUCAUUUAUAAUGAUAUGAAAUGGUGACAGAUUGCAGGGGUUUUAUUUUUAAUUAUAUUCAAUUCCAAAGUUAAUUUGAUCUUUCUAUAUGUUAUACUCAACAGAGACCAAACUGGCUUUAAUGCGGAGUUGAUGAGUUAACAUGGUGAAUAUUUAGUUUCAUUAAAAUAUAGGAAUUUAUAACUCCUUUUUAUAUUUGUUGGAACUGUCUUAAAUUAAAUUCAUUUGCAAAUAAAAAGAAAUUGGAUUAUUGAGAUAUUUAAUGUUUUGAAUAGAUAUAACAAAGAUCACCAGUAAUAAAUAUCCUUUGAUAAUAUUGUUGAGUGCCUGCCAAUUCGAGUUACCUUGCUUUGAUUUUUUCAGAAUAUGUUUGUUUUAGAGUCAAUGAGAAAUGACACUGUUUUACUACCUAUUUUUUAUUGUCUCAAUUAGAGGAAUAAUUUUAUGUUAGUUUGUAAAGCAGUAAUAAUCAAAGGCAAUGUGUUAGUAGCUCUCACUAAUCAGAGUCUAUCACUCAGCAGGAUUACUCACUGGUUAUCCCUUAGUUAGUCAUUAACUCAACAAAUUCAUGACAUUUAUUUCAACUUUUCUCGUUUUAAGAUGUGUCAUGUAUGAGUAAAGAAAAAAGGAAGUGUUCCUUUCAAGUACUGUGUUGAUUGUUAGUAAAGUCAUUGAACUGGAAAUGUUUAGUUUUGAUUGAAGAAAUUAAAACCCAGGUAUGUGUAAAUAUGGUAUGAUUAUUGAUUGGAGUGGUAUACUGGCCAAUGUGAAGGGCGUCAUUAGGCUACAAUGGACAGGUACCAGGUGGAGCCGGCCACUGUAUGGUCAGCUAGAGGUUAACUUGCUUUUUAAAGUGCAAUAGAAAUGCCAUGGUCAAUUUUUCACAUUGAAAAAACUACAGUGAGUGACACAGCAAACAAAAGUACCGUUAUUAUCAAGAUCUAGUGGAGUUCCUUGGUCGAUUUUUCUCUGUAAAAGUAAAAACAUAUCUGUCUAUAAGUUGUUUUCUAUAAUAACGACAGCCAUCUGUAUUUAUGAUGUGAAUUGAUGGGAUUAACGGUAAACAGAGUGAACUAUACAAAAUCACCUUUGUCCCCUGCCCUACCUAGCCACUUGUGCAUACUGGCCAGGGGUCAGUCCCGGGUUAAUGAUAGUCUACAAUGUCCAAUAAUUAUUGUAAUGACCCCCUUAACAGUAAUUGUAUAAGUUGUUUAUUAGCAUUUUUUUUAAAUCAUGUUCCUGUUUAAACGUGUCGACCUAUGGAUUUGGGGAGGGAUAAACCAUGUGUCUGUAUUAAUUGAUUACUGGGAAUGGAACGGAAACUAAGGAAUGGGCGCACAGAUGACUGAUUAUUAUUUAUUUUAUAAAAUGGUUCAAUGUCUGUGCAACUGCCAAGAGGGGAAUGCCAUAUAUAACACAUUCCAUUUGUACAAUCAUAUUUUAUAGGACAACCGAGCAGUUUUUACUAGGUAAUAAAAAGAAAA